AUGUCGUCGAUUCAGGAGGAAAAAGACAGCAUAAAUCAUUCUCCGAUACAUAUUGAGAAACAAUCAAACACCAGGUCCAACUCCCUGCCAAAUCUGCCAAGCAAGUUAUGGGAUAUUAAAGAUACAUUCAAAUACGCCCCGCCUAAACCCGAGGGAGAUGCAUGGGCUCUGCUGUUAGACCCAUUGAUUAAGAAGGACAGAGUUCAAUGUGAUGCUUGGAAAGACGAAGUACAGAAUUUGCUCAUUUUCGCUGGACUGUUUUCUGCAGUUGUUACCACUUUCAUCGCUGAAUCGUACAAAAACCUGCAGGCGGACCCCAAUGAUACCAUUGUUGGCCUUCUUUCCCAGAUAGCUUCGCAAACGGAUCGCUCUCUCAAUACAACAACGGUCAAAUGGGAGCCUGCAAACUCUUUUGUACCCACCUCAUCCUCUAUUCGGGUCAACGUUUUUUGGUUUAUAAGUCUCGUUCUCAGCUUGGCCACAGUUGUUAUUGGCAUUGUCUCUCUACAAUGGCUGAGAGAGCAUCAAGCAUAUGAAUCCGACCUUUCUUCACGGGAGAAAUAUGCAUUAUACAAUAUGCGAGCUGAUGGUAUAAAAAAAUGGCACGUUGACAAAAUUUUCACCUCCUUGCCACUAUUACUACAGUCUGCUCUGGUCCUCUUCUUGGGAGGAAUCAUCGACUUUCUCCAUGCUAUUGGAUACUGGGCCGUCACUAUCCCUGUUGCUGUUGUAAUUUCUUUCAUCUUGCUGUUUCUUAUCGCUACGACACUUCUCCCUUGUCUCCAAGUGCUGUCCCUCUACGUCUAUUUUCCACGCAGGAAUGGUACAGUCCCAAAGUUUGUUGCUCCACCGACGCCCUCUACCCCCAUCAAACGGCCUACUCCAGCCUUCUUCGUCAACAAAAUCUUUUCGCCUUUGUUGGAGUUAAUGAAGUAUUAUCUUCGGGAAGAAAAUGGGCUACGCAACGCCAAGCUUGGGGAACAAAAAAUCCCUGAGUGUUUUAAAAUCCAGGGAGGCUACUAUUCGUUAUCUCUAGAAAGUCCAGACGCUCUAGAGUUCUCGUUGCAAUUUGGAGAGGUUGCGCUGUUAAUGUUGCGCCGGCUCGAGACGUACGGCAACAUAAAGGAAACCACUCUAUCUGCUUCUUCUAUCCAACAACACCAGUUAGCAGAUUUUAUGUCACUUAUAGGAGUCCUCAGCAGUCAACGGAAAUUUAUUCUCGGUAGAAUGCAAAAAGAUUCUCGCCAACCCGCUACUGAGCCGGACAUCUUUACAUCAAUCCUUUCUUUCUUGGAGGAGCAUUUGACAAGCAAGGUGUUGGAAAUGAUGUCGGCCCCAGCAUCGUCUGACCAGCACCAUCACCCGAGUCUGCUUUUUUACUUGGCUGCGCUUUACUGUGAGAGUGUCAUGAUUGAUGAUCUGCGCCAGUGUAAAUCGCUGCUCGCUGCGCUUUGCAUAUACAAGGAGCUCACCAUAGACAAAGGUCUGUCUGACCCGGCCAUCGAGGCGGCGUUGAGCGCGCGACGCGUUAGUUUUUGGCUUGACAUCGGGGAGCCCUUUUCGGAAGGGUGGUGGGAUCAUUUCAUGGGUCAAGUUCAAAAGGCGUCUGCUGAACUGGGGGUUGAUGAUCCGGAGUCGACUGGGCAGUAUGGAUUUGCUUAG